AUGAACCGUCGUCAACUCUCCCUUCUCUUCCUUCUUCUCCUUGUCUCCGCCCAUAACAGCAUCUCCGGAGGCGCGGCUGCGCGGCCGCUCAGCUUCCCCGAUCAAGGAAGUGCUCUCUCUCUCUCUCUCUCUCGCUAACAGCAGGGAUUCUACCGGAUGAUGGUGAUGACGACGACGAUGAUGAUCGAGACUGGUUAUCUUGUUCCUCGGACCUCCGUAACGAUUGGGGUGCUUUAUGGCGGCAGGGUACGCGAAGGCGUUCUCGUCGCUCGGAAUGAGGUGCGAGUGCUGCGACGCCGGCGGCGGGCAGUGCAGGAGCGAGUGGGACUCGCCCUGCCUGAAGCUCGAGUGCCGUCCCUGGAAGUUCCCUUGA